AUGGAGAGUUUAUGGUCUGUGCCGGUGGCGCAUUGUUUGACGUUUGAGGAGUUGUUGCGGAGUGUGGCGCAGGGCGUGUACGAUGUGUUAUUGCGUGCGUUUGAAGAUGCGGACAUUGAAUCGUCAAGUGUGGAGAAGGUGUGCAUUCCGGGUUUCGGAGUGAUGGUAUUGCGUCCGUGGGAUGUGUCUGCGGUUGGUUUGCCUUCGACGGUGGUAGGAGACGUGGUGGCUGUGGCUCAAUGCCUUUUUUACUUGGGCUUUGCGGCACCGGCGGGAGCGGGAGCAUGUGUGGCAUUACUGGAACGGUUGGCGAAUGGAGAUACGGCAGCUGAGGAGACAAGACUUAAAUUGGCGGCCGUAUUGGUUUCGAUGUUACGGUAUAUGACACCCGCGGGGGUUGCCCGUUCAUUGGUGUUACUGCAAACGGUUUUCCAUCACCUGUCGAUUGUGGGCUUAUUUUUGAAGGAGAUCCUACCCGGCUCGUCGCUACCUCAUAAUGUGCUAUUGAUCAAGGCUUUCCAUGCCCUUCUGCGCAACCCCCUCCUACUCCAGCCAUGUCUUCAAGAUCCCGCACUCAAUGUACUCCUCGCCGACCUUGCCCUCGGUAUCUACUACUACUCUCCUAACGAUGCAACCAGUAUUCUCACCGCCUGUAGUGUCCUUGCCAACCCCCAAUUUCGAUUCACUCGCGAUCUUAGCCAAGUCAUCCAACAUGUCAUUGCUCUCUCCCACCGUAGUGGCGACCGCAGCGGCGACUCUGGUACCGCUAAAACCGCCGCUGAAUUGGCUGCCUCUAGAACUAUCGGUGAGAUCGGCAAGACCUCCGAAAUCGGCAAGACUGCUGAAAUCUGGGGCAACGCUAAAAUAGCACCGAUUACCACUGUGCCCCAGUUCGUCCCAGGGUUCAUCCCGCUUCCCACCUCUCUCAAACGGAUGCUCACAUACCUCCUGCGAUGCCCAUCCCCUACCGACCACCCCUUCGAAGUCAGCGACCCGCGCAUACAACCCUAUCUCUACCGAGACCGACCCAGCAACAUGCCUCCCAACUUCAUCCUCCAACUCCUUGCCGGCUACCAUCCCAAAGACUUCGAAUGGAUGUACUAUCGCCGCUUACACCUCUCCGUCGAACUCUACGCUACCGCCAUGGCCGCCUUCGUCCUCAAUUUCCCCCCAGAAGACCCUCUCGCCCUUGGCGGAUACCCUCAGGACCUCAUCGGCCCAUACCCUCUAAGCGGGGACGCUGGGGAGGAAGACAGUCGAUCAGGCUUCGACUCCCUGGUCAACCACAUCUCCAGACCCGCAUAUCUCUCCUUCCGACCUCUCUGGUCCAUGCCAUUCGACGAAAGAAGACGCACCAUGUUCCUUUUCGCCGCCAGCUUCGGAGGCGCCACCUACCGCUUUCCCUUCGGCACCGUCCUCUCACCCGGCACCAACACUGUCAGCCGAGCCCCCACCACCGAGGAGGCCCUCCGCUUCCCCGUCUCGUUCAGGAAUACCCUCAGCCGCAUGACCGACUUACUCGCACGGACUCGAGCAAUGAUUGCCUAUUCUCUAAUCGGCGACUACCAACUCGUGGAUGGCGUCACGAAAGCGAAUGCGGGAGACCUACUGUCCAUGGUUGUCAACGCCAUCAACCGGAACCAAGUCAACGAGACCAUGGUCAAGAAGGUGCAUCAAGCUACCACCAACCUGCCACACCAACAGGACCAGUCAAGCUAUGACCAAUCAAGUUAUGGCCAAUUAAGCUAUGACCAACCCCAGUCGUCCCACGUGCUUCUGAGCUGGAUCACAUCCUGGCUCAACGAACCCCACACGGUGCGACACUUUGACGCUCGGAUGUGGCUCACUGUGAUGAAGAUUUUCGGGCCCGAAAGUUCUCCUUACAAAGUGGCGGACAUUAUACUCCGGAAAGUUGUGGAACCUGCCCUGGCGUAUGUCCCGCCAUCUCUUACCACGGAGCAUGUUUCAGAGGAUGCAAUUGAGGAUGACGGAGAGGAGAGUGCUUCCGACAGUCCGGCAGGGAGACCUGGUGUCCGACAAGCAAUGAUUCGGCUUAGUAUUUCGCAGAGCUUGGAUACGGCGGGCCAAGCUCCGGAGGAGGGAACCCAGGAAAUCCUCCGAUGCAUCACGGCCUUCCUCAAGGCAGACUACCGCCACGAGUGGUGGCCAGCAGCGUCCUGCGACGGCAAGGAACUUGCGAACGGACUCUGUGAAUGCACCAUCCGACGGAGUCCGCGAGAGUGGACAAGUUUGUCGGAGCUUCUCUGGGAGGACCGGCUGGAUUUCACGGAAGUUAAUGGCAUGUGGUUGGCGAACAACCAAAACCACCUGUUUGCUAUCAUUAAAAAUUAUUCUGACCUGAUGAUCCCGUCUGCAGAACUGGUGGAGUACCAACAUCGCGUCUGCCUGAGGAAUGCACUGAUCAUCACUUUCUGGACCCGUUAUAUACUUUAUAUCACGGAGCGCAUGAUUCCGCAAAAGAAAAAUGCGUCCGUCGCACGCGUGUGCGCGGAGCUAAAUUGUCAAGACUACGGCUGGAUUGUAAGCCAUAUUGUCGCGGAACUCUGGCAAAGAUGGUUCCCAUCUCCCUCCAGCGCUGACGCGCUGGGUGGGAGUCAUUCUGAGGUCGAUAUACGAUCUUUCUUUCCUGUUUUGCAUAAAGCCGGCGUACCUCUCAGCAAAUGCCUAAACGAAGUAGACUCCCCCCUGAAACUGUCGCAAUUUAAGUUUGCUGCAAGCGUGCGCGAAAUCUCCAACGACUGUGUGGACGACGUUUGCGCAUGCAGCUACUUGCUGCGCUUUGUUAUACCGCCGCCAGCAGUGCUCGAUGAAACGAGCGACGGAGAGUUGUGUUCUGUGCUUUUGACAUUGUUGUUGGAGCGACGCCACAUAAUGAAGCAACAUUGUCGACGGGCACUGGACCGCUGUAUUCUCGACUUGGCCGAAAAAUCUCCCUUCGUUCAGCUGGACCGCAAUGGGGACAGUGUUAUUCGGGAAAUAGAGUGUGUAGGCCGCACUAAUUUGUUCGACCCGCAACUGCUCAGCACCUCCAGCUUGGACAACGCCACUGUAUUGGACAACGCCUCUGGUUUGGACAGUGUUUCAGGCACGGUGGAGGCCGGCAGGUCGGAAGGUGAAGGUUGUCUGGUCACGUUGAAUUUGAAUUAUUUACAGUCUAUUUUUGCAACAUGGGACAGUUCCGUUUGA